AUAGGUUUUUAGUUUUUAGUUUCUCUCGUGUCGAUGACGCUGAUUUCUCGGCAAUGUCGCUCUUCUCCAAAUUUCCAUGCCGGAGCGAUAUUGAUCCUCCUACAGGCGUAAGCCACCCCUUCCUUUUCUUCUCUUCUCCUCUAUUUUUUCCACUUUCAAAAAAAUCGAAGUCAAUGUCCCUUCUCUUACGUUUGGAUCCUGGCAAUCAAUUAUUCUCUUCCAUGCACCAGGAAUGGCAGCUCAGGAGCUCAACAGAACCAGACUCAAUGAAUGGAGAAAUAUAGAGAGAGAAAGAGUAGUCGUAAAGAGGUUUUUUUUUUAUAAAAAUACAAAACACCAUAAAAAAGCAGAUACGUAGUUUUUGCACCUUUUUCCUUUCCAAAUUACAGGUAUUUUGUUAAUACGAGCUGGAUUUUGAUCUUUUUAGGUCUCAUGUACAUAAUGUUAAUUGGAGAUCGUGCGAUAUUGGAUGGAUUGGCUUUUACUGAUUCCCAUAAAAUUAAUUUUGCCGUUUGGAUCUGCGAUAUUUGUGAUUGUGAAUGUAGUUAGUGUGGUUGGAAACAAGGAAAUGGAAGUCUGAUUGGGUAUAGAACAGAUGCAUACCUCAAGUUUUUCAUUUCGGUUUUUGAAGUUCCAAUUGUUUAUUGUACAUUGAAUUUUUAAAAUAGAGGGGAUUUUUUUAAUUGUGUAAAGGUUUGGGGUUUGAUUUAGAUUGGAGUUGGUACUAGCUUGCAAGCACUCUGUCCACAUUGAUUUGAUUUGAUUGUGAACUUAGGAACUGUGUUUAUGGUUUGAUAAUGGCCAUUACAGUAUGGAGGUAUAUUUGAUAUUAUGAAAGUUGAAUCCCGUUGCUACGGUGUAUUAAAAUUGAAUUUGAAUUCGUGUUGGGGAGAUAAGGAGCUGGUUCGUUCUGUGUUCUUGAUUUUCUGGUUGCAGAGGUUAAUUAAUAGUGCCUUAAAUUGGAAGAGCAAUGUUCUUAUCCUUUUAAUAUAAUUAUUAAAUAUCGCAAAAAAAUCUGCGGAUUCAGCAAACAGAGAAGUAUCUAGUCCCUGCAGUCAAUGGGUCCAAUAACAGGGAUCAGCACCUUUUGUCCCCAAGAUAGGAAAAAUGCACAUAAUAUAUCUGUGCAGACGGGCGAGGAAUUUUCUAUGCAAUUCCUCCAGGAUCGUGUGACCACUAGAGGAAUUCCCCAUCCCCCUCCACUCAGUCCAGCUCAAAAUUGUGAAAACAGAGUUGCACAUAUUGAUGAUCAAAACUAUCAACGGGGAUAUGAGGAUCUUGCCAGUAUACUUGGGUUGAGGAGAAUGGAUUCUGAAUCUGCUGAUGAUAUUUCUAAUUUUGUGUCUGCAAAAGGUUCUUUAAGAGAGACUGAAAGCGGGGCUUAUGUUGACAAACUAAAAAGGCUGAACGUGGAAGAUGGAGAUAGUAUACAUAGAUCAGGAAAGGCUUUUGGAGAAUUGAGUUGUGAUAGGAGUGCUGGCUUGGGUUCAUCUGCUUCAGCUGUUCAUGCAAUAGAAUCCCCUUCUUUUAAUAAUUUUGAUGGGCCAAGUAAUUUGGAUAGAUCUCAACCAGGAAAGAUGAAGUUCCUUUGCAGUUCUGGAGGGAAAAUUUUGCCAAGGCCUAGUGAUGGGAAGCUCAGAUAUGUGGGAGGAGAAACCCGCAUUAUCUCCAUUUCUAAGAAUCUUACAUGGGAAGAACUUGUCAUGAAAACGAAAUGUAUUUGCAACCAACCUCACUCCAUCAGGUAUCAACUUCCAGGUGAGGAUCUUGAUGCUCUUAUAUCAGUUUCUUCUGAUGAAGACCUUCAAAACAUGAUAGAGGAAUACCAUGGGCUUGAAAAGCUCGGAGGUUCUCAAAGGCUCCGAAUAUUUUUGAUUCCUUUGUGUGAAUGUGAAAAGUCAUCACCUUUUGAGGCAACUACCAUCCAACAAAAUAGCCCCAGUUACCAGUUUGUUGUUGCUGUAAAUGGCAUCUUAGAUACUACUCCUAAGAAAAACUCAGGUGGGGAUUGUUCAACUAGUGAAGCCAGUCAACCGGAAAGUAUUUUGGAUUGCAAUUCAGGCUUUCGUAAACAUUCUCCAUCUCCUUUUUCUCCUUUGGAGAUGAAAAAUGGUUUGAGUGCAUUUUUUCCUCCUAAAUUUUCAAAUGAAUCCCCCAGAUCUCCCCAUCAGUCUCCUCCUAUUUCUCCAAUUCCUCUACAGCAUCAAGAUUCUGCGAAUUCUCACAAAAAAUUGCAUUGUAAUAACUCCAGUGUCGAGAACAGUAAUUCCUGUGCCUCUGCUCAGUUUCCACCUGAUAAUUGUAGCAUGAACCAACCCUCUCAGGGUCUAGGUGCUUUCAUGAAUCAUUGUCAUCCCUAUGUUGAUGUUGUUCAGUCACACCAACAACAUGGGGUGCAAUCCCACAAUCAUAACCUUGACAAACAACUUGCAACCCCUUGGGCUUUUAAUUUGAGGGAAGGUAGUUUUGAUGAUUUAUAUUUCGAGAGGCUUAUGCAUAAGGAAAGGGCAUUCCAUUCUGAGAAGCCUUUCUUGGGCAUGGAAGAUCCUACAGGCCUAUCAGCAUCUAUGAACUCCAUUGAUUCUCAUUAUGGCAUGCCACAUGCCUUUUCUGAUUCAAAACUACAAGAGCAUGGGGGUUUGUCUGCCUACUGUUCUCAAGAGGGAAUGAGUCCAUCAUCUCCCUUGAACUUUGCCAAGACUCAGUUAUCUUCACUAGUCUCAAGUUCUUCACAAGAAAAGCUAGUGCAACUGCAUGAGAACAAUAAUGUUGUCAAUCCUACUCUGCAAAAUAAGUUAUCAGACAUUGAGUCUACUAAGUCGUGCAGCAGGUUGGAUUUGCUCAAUUUUUCUUCAUGCUCAGAAUCAACAGGAAGGGAUAAACCUAUUCAGAAAGCUACUGUCGAUGCUGAUGACCAAUGCCAAAUUACAAGCCAUUGUGAGGAAUACUUGUUAAGUUCAGAAAUGAUGAAUGCAUUUGACAGAAGUAAUCCAGGUUUUCAUCAAAGUGAAAAGCCUUUUGUGGAGAAAUUACGAGCUGCUGGUACUGAAUAUGAGAGCAAAUUUGAAGAUAGGCUCACUGCAUCACCGGGCAUUAAUUCCAAAUCUUCUGUAAAUGACUUCAUGGAGCACUCCCACAACUACCAAGCCCCUUCUAAUCUCCUACUGAUGGACCAGGGGAAUGAUUAUAAUCAGUAUUGUAGUUUGAAAGGAGAACUGAAUAGUGAACAAGGAAGCCACAUAACAAAGACUGGCAGGCUAGAUGUUGAGGAGUUAUUUAGCAUUUGUCAACUGCAGCCUCACAGUGAAAUUUCGUCAGUUGAUCUUGUGUCUGGGGCAUUAAACCAUCAAUUUUUUCAUGAAUCAUCACGAGUUCAACCUAUUGAAAGCCAGAAUAUGGAUAACAAAGACUCCUUGCUACUAAGCCCUAAAAUCCCAUCUAGCUUCUGUGAAGAUUCCUGUCCAAAUACAAACGCAAAUGACUUGCAUUGCAAAACUAAUAAUGUUACGAAGGAUGCGUUAUUUGAAAGAAAGGUUUCUCACCUUGUUGAGAACUAUGGAAGUUACCUUGAUCAAAAGGUUGAGCAGUUGGGUUUUGGAGGACCUGCUUAUGAUAAGUCAAAUAUUGGGGAUCUUAUGUUGGCUCAGAUAAAAUCAUUAAGUAAAAAUCAAUAUCAAAAUCUAUGGGAACCAUUAGUUACUGGGGAAGCUGCUACACCUCUUACUGCUCAAUCUUCUGAUGCAGUUCCACAUGUUGCCAAUCUUGUCAGUGAUGAUUUUAGAUCAACUACAAUAACUGAGGCAGAAAGCAUUAUGCCACAUGUUGCUGUGUAUGUCACUGAUCCAACAACUAGUGACUUUGUGGCUCCUAGCUCAAGAGGGUCAGACAGUAUCAUCCCACAUGUUCAGCCACCUGUUGCCAAUCCAACCAACAGUGAUUUUAUAUCGCCUAUUGCAACAGUAGAUGAAAGUAUCAUGCAAGAAACUGAAUUUGAGGACAUAAAUGAUGAUGAUGGAAAUAAGGAUACAUCUAUUAGUGACGCAGUGAUGGCUGAAAUGGAAGCCAGCAUAUAUGGCUUGCAGAUUAUAAAGAAUGCUGAUCUUGAAGAACUAAUAGAAUUAGGAUCUGGUACUUAUGGCACUGUCUACCAUGGAAAAUGGCGGGGAACAGAUGUUGCCAUUAAAAGAAUUAAAAAGAGCUGCUUUUCAGGGAGAUCGUCAGAGCAAGAACGUUUGACAAAAGACUUUUGGAGGGAAGCACAGAUACUCUCAAAUCUUCACCAUCCAAAUGUGGUUGCAUUUUAUGGGGUAGUUCCAGAUGGGGCUGGAGGAACCUUAGCAACUGUAACUGAAUAUAUGGUGAAUGGAUCGCUUAGACAUGUCCUACUCAAGAAGGAUAGAUCACUUGAUCAUCGUAAGAAGCUCAUAAUUGCCAUGGAUGCAGCUUUUGGCAUGGAAUACUUGCACUCAAAAAAUAUUGUCCACUUUGAUCUGAAGUGUGACAAUUUGCUCGUCAAUCUAAGGGAUCCCCUACGACCCAUAUGCAAAGUUGGUGAUUUUGGACUCUCGAGAAUCAAACACAAUACUCUUGUAUCUGGUGGUGUGCGAGGGACCCUUCCAUGGAUGGCACCAGAAUUGUUGAACGGAAGCAGCAGUCGGGUAUCUGAGAAGAUUGAUGUUUUCUCAUUUGGCAUUUCAUUGUGGGAGAUCUUGACUGGGGAGGAACCUUAUGCAGAUAUGCAUUGUGGUGCAAUCAUUGGCGGGAUAGUGAAAAAUGUUCUUCGACCUCCUAUUCCGGAAAGUUGUGACCCCGAGUGGAGGAAGUUGAUGGAACAGUGCUGGUCACCUGACCCUGAUUCUCGGCCAUCAUUUACUGAGAUAACAAAUAGGCUUCGAGCUAUGUCUAUGGUGCUUCAGGCAAAGGGACAAAAUAUUCAGACAAGACCAAUGAAGCCAAAAGUACCAACGAAUCAAUAGUGUACAUAAGGGCAGCUCUUUCUAUCUUCAAGCACCGGGAUUGGCUAAUUCUCUCUUGUAUAGAAGCCCCGUGGUGUAAAGAUGAGAACUUUUGAUGGUGAGCAUGAGUAUAUAUAGUUUAUAGAUUUACUGUUGAUUGUGAUUUCUGACCUUUGAUAAUGAAAUAUCUUCAUUUGUUUAUUCUUUUGUAAUAGAAGUACCUGCACUGAAAUAUCUCCAUUAAAACUCCCAGGUGAUCUGCAUGUAGUUUUUAUAUUUUUACCCAUGUUUGCAAUGUUCUCUCAUUAGAAAGAACCUGCAAAUCUGGAGUUUUAAGUACUCAAAACUAUUAUUGGAUUCUAAAUGAUAUCUGUUAUUAACUUGUUU